CAAAAGCGGGCUAAGAGGCAGCGAGGAAGGUCUUGGUGGGCGGCAGAAACAGCUGGGCUGAACGAUAGCAUGUCCGGCGCGCGGAGAGGGAGAGCGGGAGAUUCCCUCGCCGGUUUCAGGCGGGACGGCGAGCCGAGCGAUUCGAAGGUGCCUCAGGGGCUCAUCCGAGCGGCCCGCAAGAGCGGCCAGCUAAACCUGUCUGGCCGGGAGCUGACCGAAGUACCUUUACAUGUAUGGCAGAUAAAUUUGGAUACUCCAGAAGAAGCCUACCAGAAUCUUUCUUUUAGUGCUGCUGAUCGGUGGUGGGAGCAAACUGAUCUCACCAAGCUAAACUUAUCUUCAAAUAAAUUGACACGUCUUUCUGAAGAUGUCAGGUUCCUGCCUGCUCUCACUGUGCUUGAUGUGCAUGACAAUCAACUGACAUGUCUUCCUUCUGCAAUAGGAUCACUGGAAAAUCUUCAGAAACUUAAUGUGAGUCAUAAUAAACUGAAAGAUAUACCAGAAGAGCUGAUACAGUUAAAGUAUUUGAGGAGUCUGUUUCUGGAGCACAAUGAAUUGAGUCACUUGCCGGAUGAAUUUGGACAGCUCAUCAGUUUGGAAGAAUUAGAUAUUUCCAGUAAUCAUAUUGCUAACAUUCCUGUAAGUUUUGCUUCUCUUACAAGUUUGGUGCGUCUCAAUUUGGCUUGCAAUCAACUGAGCAGUCUGCCAUCAGAGAUCAGUGCAAUGAAAAGCUUAAGACAACUUGAUUGCACUAAAAACUACUUGGAAACUAUACCUCCUGAAUUGGCAAGCAUGGCAUCCUUAGAACAACUUUAUCUAAGGAGAAAUAAAUUGCAUUACCUGCCCGAGCUUCCUUCCUGCAAAUUGUUAAAGGAGUUGCAUGUUGGUGAAAAUCAGAUUGAAGUGUUAACUGCUGAACACAUGAAGCAUCUGAAUUCCUUAUGUGUAUUGGAACUUAGAGACAAUAAGCUGGAAUCAUUGCCUGAUGAAAUUACUUUGCUGCAGGGUUUAGAGCGGCUAGACCUAUCCAAUAAUGAUAUUAGCAGGCUUCCUUAUAAUCUAGGGAACUUGCCUCAGCUGAAAUUCCUAGCUUUGGAAGGAAACCCUUUAAGAACAAUUAGAAGGGAUGUUCUACAUAAAGGAACACAAGAAAUCCUGAAGUACCUCAGAAGUAAAAUACAAGAUGAUGAUGAAAUUAAUUCAAAUGGAGAACUGCCUGUGACAGCAAUGACUCUGCCAGGUCACUCGAAGAUCAACCUGCAUGCUAUUACUGCAUUAAAAACAUUAUAUUAUAAUGAGAAACAAGCAACUAUAAUUCCAGAUGAUGUAUUUAAUGCAGUAGGAAACAAUCCAGUAACCACUGUGGACUUCAGCAAGAAUCGUCUGACUGAAAUUCCAGGAAGAAUUGUGGAGCUUAAAGAAUCUGUCUGUGAUAUCAGUUUUGGUUUCAAUAAGCUUUCUUCUGUUUCCCUGGAGCUCUGUAUGCUUCGCAGAUUGACACAUUUGGAUGUCAGAAAUAACGUUUUGACAUCUUUGCCUGAUGAAAUGGAAGUACUGGCAAGACUGCAAAUAAUAAAUCUUGCCUUUAACAGGUUUAAAAUAUUUCCAGGUGUCCUCUAUCGGAUCCCAACUCUUGAAACAAUCCUCCUUGCUAAUAAUCAGGUUGGAUCUCUUGAACCUCUCCAGAUAAAGAAGAUUGAUAAGCUUGUUACCCUAGAUCUUCAGAAUAAUGAUUUAUUGCAAAUACCUCCAGAACUUGGGGACUGUAUCAAUCUCAGGACACUUUUGCUAGAAGGCAACCCUUUCCGGACUCCUCGAGCAGCCAUUCUUGCCAAGGGGACAGCUGCUGUGCUUGAAUACCUAAGAAGCAGAAUUCCUUCUUGACUUGUCCUUUCAGUUUGAACUGACAUAUGUAGAAGAUCUUACCUUUUGAAGAAUGAAGACUACUGCCCUGUUUUGUAACUUCUUUGCUUGGAUUAGUAUGUUCUAGAAUGUGAGUGGGAAUUACUAUAGUUCUGUCUUGCAUGCAAGCAGUUCACCCUAUCCAUUUAUGGAAAGAAAUAUGAAUUUACCAGCAGUAAACUGCUGCUGUGGGCUGUAUCUGUGAAACAUUUUCUACUUAAAUUUCUUCAUUCGAUUAUUGGACAUGUAAUUGCCAGAGGAUUGCUUGGGAUUUGCUUAAAUAUAUGAGAUAUUUUAAAUGACCUGAUGCCUGGUUGCCUAAAAUUGGAAAUAAUCUUUGUUGAAAGUUUUUUUCCUUGGUCUAACUUUAAAGCACCAAACCAAUUCUGUUUUUUUUAAUGAAAAAAUGCCACUUGGACGUAAAGAUUAGAAGCUUAGUUUAUGCAUUAUUUGCCACAUAUGCUCUUUGUGCGUUUAAAAAUUAGAUUCAAAUGAAGUCUAGCAGAUCAGUUUCAGAAAUCCAGCCAAAUAUAUAAUUGUACUGUAUACAGUUGUUAUAAAAGGCUAGAGAUGUUUACUUAUUAAUGUUUCGGCAUUAAUAGUGAAAGGGAAUGUUCACAAAGGUUCAGAAACACUGGAAAAAUGAUAUAUGUUAUAACAUUGCCUGCUUAUAAAGAAAAAAAAAUCACAAUAGUAUGUGUUUGUAGCACAGUAUAAGAUUAAUUAGCUGCCAUGCAUGGCGAAGAGUCCCGGCUAAUCAGAAGUGCUGGAUUCUCCAAGCUUAUUGCUGUGCCCCCGUUCCAAAGGAAUCCACAGCAACCGAACCUAAUGCUGUGGCAAUAGCCCUUUACUUGGCCAAACACUUUCUCCUCUCACCCAGCCACAGAGCAGUCCUAUGCAGCAGGCGAAUAUGUGUGUCUAAAGGUGAUUUCUCACAGGAUAUUUGUUACCACCACAACAUAUGCAUGCCCUGAGUGGGCUGUAAAUGGCAUAUUGCUACAUUCCCUUCUCUCCCCCAGAAGUGACAGUUGGAAAACAUGAGAUACCUGUCUACAGUGGUUAACCUUGCAAGCAGGUAUGGUAAGUUUAUGGACUUAAUUGGAACAUGAAUAUUGUAAUGGUAAGCACAAAGAUCCCUUUAAGUUUUAGAUUUAAUUCCAAGUGAAUGUGCAUAGAAGUGGGCUGUAAAAUCACUUGAACAUAGAAACUUUUCCCUCUUGCAAGUGCAUAUUUUAUUUUAUAUAUAUUGCAUUGUAUAUCUGUGUUGUAAACCACCUCAAGUACUGAACAUGGUGAAGAGGUGAUAUAGAAAUUAACAAAUAAAGGUUAGACCCUA